AUUCAGAAUCAGUGGAAAGUCACAAACGCGCGUCUGCGGUUUUCUGUCAUUAUGCGUCGGCCAGUUGGAAUAGUCACAAGUUUGAGCAAAUACUUCGCUUUACUAAAAUGGCACAAACAACUUGAUGCAUAGAAUGAAUUUACUUGGAUUCUUUGUUGCGGCCGUGCAAAUACACAGCGUGACGCUUGUCAUUCACACGUUCAAUUAUUUUAAGAUGGGCUCUCAAGUUGCAACGCUACCAGAGUACUUGGUGAUGGCCUAUGUUGAUGGCGUUCAGAUUCUGCAGUUUGACAGCUACCACAGGGAAACGAAAGCAAUACAUGACUGGGUGAACAAAAUCACAGAAGAUGUUCCGCACUUCUGGAAGAGAGAGACGGAGUUCAAUAUUGGGAAUGAGCAGGUCAUGAAAGUCAACAUUGAAACCGCUAAAAAGCGCUUCAACCAAACUGGAGGUGUUCACAUGAUUCAGGUGAUGAGAGGCUGUGAAUGGGAUGAUGAGACGGGUGAGGUUGAUGGUUGGCAUCACAUCCGUUACAACGGAGAAGACUUCCUAUCAUUUGAGGCGAAGACAAUGACAUGGAUCGCAGCAAAUCCACAAGCUUUCAUCACCAAAUUGAAAUUGGACCAAAUAGACGUGUUGAAUGAAGCCAGGAAGAAUAUACUCAUUGAGGAGUGUCCUUUUGAGUUGAAGAAACAUGUGAGCAACGGGAGGGACUACCUGACGAGAACCGAGCUUCCCAAGGUGUUUCUCCUGCAGAAGAUGCCUUCCUCUCCGGUCACCUGCCACGCCACGGGUUUCUACCCCAGGACAUCGACCCUCUAUUGGAGGAAGAACGGCAAGGAGAUCCACAAGGACGUGGAGAUGGGGGAGACCCUCCCCAAUCACGAUGGAACCUUCCAGACCUCGGUCCACCUGAAAGUGGAGGUGACGCACGCCGCGGAGCAGGAGUACGAAUGCGUGUUCCGGCUGGCCGGCGUCUCAGAUGACAUCGUCAUCAAGUUGGACGCCGGAAGCAUCCUGAGCAACCAGGAGCAAGACUGGAAGAAUGCGGUGGCCAUCGCCAUCCCGUUGGUGGUCCUCGCUCUGGUGGCGAUGGCGGUGGUGGCGGCGGCGAUGGUCCUUGCCAAGCGUCUCAAAUCCAAACAAGUCAUAUACUCUCAAGCUUGUAAAGGAUCUGGUGAGGCGUUUUGACCGAACCGUGCUGCUGAUCACCCACAACCUGAAGACUAUCGAGGCCGAUCAGAUUGCGGUGAUAGGCGCCGGCGGCGUUCGGGAGCGAGGAACCCACCGCUAGCUGAUGGAAAAGAAUGGGAUGUACUGUAAACUGAGAGAGAACUUCGCCAUCGCUGGAAGCUAACGCCUUCAGAAGCACUGACAUGCAUUUACAACCUGGAAUUCACGUGUAUUCACUGUAUCACAGACUCAAGAGAAAAUGUUGUUAAUUUUCAGUUUGUAGUUUGGAAUAUUUGACAAACAGUUUUCAUAUAGUACGGUGAAUCAAGCGAGGAAUUCACCAGAUACCAGGUAGGUAAGAACGAGGAAAUUGACUGCAAGAAGCUUGUCACUCUUUCAAGACUGAGAGUUGAAAUGCAAAAUGGCCAACCCAAGUGGAAAGUCCACUUUUUUGUUCACUUUGCUUUUGUGUAAUUAAACAAAUCAACUCUGUGGUUACCACCGGUUGGAAGUUGCAUCAUGAAAGUUGAUAUCUGGAUGAAUUUGAGCCCUUAAAAACUGUAGGAAUGAUAUUGCGUUAUGAUUUAUUAUGUUUUAUUAUACAUUUGUGAUUGUUGUGGAAAGUGUGUGAAUAAGGAUCAGAAGCAGAGGAACCAAAACUUGUUGCCUCUGCUUGACCCCAGCUGAUCUCCAGCAGGCGAUAUGAGGAAACAAUCGGAGACGAUCUUUCUGCUUUUAGAUGAUGUGAUGAAAUGAUGUGCAAAAGAGCUUAUCUGAUAAUGCUUGCUUGCAGUGACUCUGCAAGAAACAUAAGUGCAGGGUGGAUGCCUGUUUGCUGAUUUCCCCACCCCUUAAAGGAAUCGCCCUUAUGUAACCUAGUGACCUCAAAGUGAAUAAAAGUAAGGUUUAUGGGAGUGCUCAAGAGAAUAGAUAGAACAGCGCAGGCUCUCCUCUUCUCCUGGAAGCGUCUUCUCUCCUCAUUGUUUGUUAUUUUGGGAAAUAAAUCUAACAAAAACCUUAA